UUUUCUUCCAAUCUUUGACCCGGCGGCCAACAAAAGUUUUCACUGCGGCGACUCGGUUUGACCCUUCUCUAAUUGGGCUUGCGGCCCAUUUAAAGACGGUACGGAAUAGCGUCCAUGUUCAAUGUUCCACAGAAUCCAAUUUGGGUUUCGCAUGUCUGCCACACUGCCCACUUUGUAUCACGCGCCGCCGUCUCUGUUCGUGCUUUUUUUUGCCACUUGUUGCGGCCGAGCCCAUGGCGGCGCGUGUAAAUAACCAGGUGCUCGUGUCAUGCUCCACUUAGGCCAGAAUCGCCAGAUAUAUAUUUAACCACUUCUCCACUUCGACAGCCACACUCCUCUCAAUUCGUCGGCUUUCGCUUUCCCUUCCUCCCUUCUCCCAUUUCCCGUCUUUCGCUAAUCCAUUCCUCCUCCACUCGCUCCUAUGGCGGCGACGUUCGGAGCUGCCAAUACGGCGGCGGCGUUGAAGGAACCCGCGAUUCAGCUCCGAAGCUUCGACGGGUUGAGGAGCUCUUCUUCUUCCUCCUCCUCUAAUUCCCUCGCUCUCACCAGACAUUUCAGUGUCUUCUCGCUUCCAUCUCCCCGGCGCCCUUCCACCAUCAAAGCGGUCUCCACCCCGGUGAAGCCUGCGACCGAGACUAAGCGGAGCAAGGUCGAGAUCAUCAAAGAACAUAGCAAUUUCAUAAGGUAUCCACUCAACGAAGAGCUGUUGACAGAGGCUCCCAACGUGAACGAGAGCGCGGUUCAGCUCAUCAAGUUCCAUGGGAGCUACCAGCAGUACAACCGUGAAGAAAGAGGCGGGAGAUCCUAUUCCUUCAUGCUUCGUACUAAGAACCCUUGUGGCAAGGUUCCCAACAAGCUGUACUUAACCAUGGACAAUCUCGCGGAUCAAUUUGGGAUCGGGACUCUUCGCCUGACCACCAGACAGACGUUCCAGCUCCAUGGAGUUGUGAAGAAAGACCUCAAGACUGUGAUGAGCAGCAUCAUUCACAGCAUGGGAUCGACACUUGGAGCUUGUGGAGAUCUGAAUAGAAAUGUUCUUGCUCCGCCUGCUCCGUUGGCGAAAAAGGACUAUCUUUUUGCUCAGCAGACUGCUGAGGAUAUUGCUGCCCUGCUGACUCCGCAGUCUGGUUUCUACUAUGAUAUGUGGGUUGAUGGGGAGAAGUUUAUGACGGCUGAGGCUCCUGAGGUGGUGAAGGCUAGGGAUGAUAAUUCUCAUGGGACAAAUUUUCCUGAUUCGCCUGAGCCGAUCUAUGGGACUCAGUUCUUGCCUAGGAAGUUCAAGAUUGCGGUUACUGUGCCAGGGGACAACUCCGUGGAUAUCCUGACGAAUGACAUUGGUGUGGUUGUGGUUAGUGAUGACAAUGGCGAGCCUAAGGGUUUCAAUAUCUAUGUUGGAGGUGGCAUGGGAAGAACACAUAGGAUGGAGACUACAUUUCCCCGAUUAGCUGAGCCAUUAGGGUAUGUGCCAAAAGAGGACAUAUUGUAUGCAAUCAAAGCUAUUGUUGUUACUCAGAGAGAGAACGGUAGGAGAGAUGACCGGAGGUACAGUCGAAUGAAGUAUUUGAUUGACUCGUGGGGGAUUGAAAAGUUCAGGGAUGUUGUUGAGCAAUACUAUGGGAAGAAAUUCGAGCAAUUCCGUGAAUUGCCCGAGUGGGAGUUUAAGAGUCACUUGGGAUGGCAUGAGCAGGGAGAUGGUGCAUUGUUCUAUGGGCUGCAUGUUGACAAUGGCCGAGUUGGAGGGAAAAUGAAGAAGACGUUGAGGGAGGUGAUAGAGAAGUACAACUUGGAUGUUCGUAUCACGGCAAACCAGAACAUAAUCUUGUGUGGGAUAAAGAAAGCAUGGAAGCGCCCUAUUACUACAACUCUAGCUCAAGCUGGCUUGCUGCAACCAAAAUAUGUUGACCCUCUCAACUUGACAGCCAUGGCAUGUCCAGCUUUCCCACUUUGCCCACUGGCCAUAACUGAAGCUGAACGUGGGAUACCGGAUAUCCUGAAACGCGUUAGAGCUGUGUUUGAAAAGGUCAGUCUGAAGUACAACGAGUCUGUGGUUAUAAGAGUGACUGGCUGUCCUAAUGGCUGUGCCAGACCAUACAUGGCUGAACUUGGACUUGUUGGAGAUGGUCCCAACAGCUACCAGAUCUGGCUGGGGGGAGCUCCAAACCAAACCGUGUUAGCUAGAACAUUCAUGAACAAGGUCAAGGUUCAAGACCUUGAAAAUGUCUUUGAACCUCUGUUCUAUCACUGGAAACGGAGAAGACAGUCCAAGGAAUCAUUUGGCGACUUCACAAACCGAGUGGGAUUCGAAAAACUCCAAGAGUUGGUGGACAAAUGGGAAGGCGUGGAAGCUGCACCAACGAGGUACAACUUGAGGCUGUUCUCGGACAAGGAUACGUACGAGAAGAUGGACGGACUAGCUAAGCUGCAGAACAAGACUGCUCAUCAGUUGGCUAUGGAAAUCGUUCGCAGUUACGUUGCUUCCCAGGAGAACGGUAAAGCAGAAUAACUCCGGCAGCAGAAGGGUUGGUUCCAAGGGCGAACGCGAGAUCCUUCCUGGUUUUGAUAACGCAGUUUGUGCAAGAGGAUCAACAAACCUGGUUCUGUGUUUUUGGUUAGCCAUUUGUACUCCAAUUUUUUUUCCGCUUAUCUGUACAGGCUUUUCCCUUGGACCUGUCUUUCCUAGAGUGGCUACGAAUAAUAGCGGGAGCUUUAGCCAUGUACUCACAACUGAUUUGGCGGGAGAUUAUGUGGUUCUUAAUCUCUCUAGCUUUGACGCAAGAGUGUGUUUGAUCUGUUGUUCAUCUGAAAUGCCACUUUUCUGGGCAUUGAUUUUCAAGUUGUGGCUCUCCAGUUUGCUCAGGAAGAACUUCAUGAACAGAAAUCAGGCAUGAUUAGAACCCGAGCCCCAUGAUGAAGUCUAUAUGUAUCGACGGCUCUAGCUAGAAUCAACUUGAUUUCUUGAAGGUCAGAGGAUUCUGAAUUGGGCAACAAUUCAGUUUACCCCGUAACAACUGAAUCAAACUGGCUCAAAUAUAUUAUUCAAUUUCUGAAACUUAAAAUGAGUUCCUGCUGUUGUUUCCAUGGGUCCUCUGACACAGAGUAUUCGAUCAAAUUCACUUCAUAUGAUUUUGGUCCGAAAUGUUUCCAUCAAUUUCAAUGGCGUCCGAGCAGAUCCAAUUCUGUAGUGCACCUGACCGCAAACAUGAAACUAAUGCUUGGUGCCAUUGUUGCGUCCUUGAUUUAUCUCUGAUCAACUGUAUCAAUACAACUCACGGCAGCACAAAGAAACCAACUUUGAGGAAGAUCAACGCCAGAGGAUACUGAAACUGAGAGAGGCAAAGAGAGCCAACUCUUGGUUAUUUGAAAACAGAGCAGUCGAGGAAAAGGAAAUGAUGGAGAAUUUGAAGAGGGGUUUGUCUCUCAAGAGAAAGAGAAUACAGAAUGGAUUAAGUACAUUACAACCCCGAACGAACUCCGACAUUAAAACUCUGAACACUGCAUUAGUACAUCAAAUCAAGCACCAAAUUCACAAGAAGGAGAGAGGGAGAUAAAAAGAUGCAAAAGCUGUCAUCUUUUUCCCCCAUCAGUUGCGACAGAUGCGAGCAGUGGGCAUGGUGACACAAAUAGGAGCAUACUUCUUCUUGGCUUGUGGGGAACCUCUCUUGGGCUCAGCUUCAUCGGCCAUGGCGACUCUGGCAAUGGAGUAUGCUGCUGCUGCAGCAGCUCCGAACAUCAAAUCCCUCCUCCCAUUGUUGCUCUCUUCCUUCUUGUUGUUCUUCAUCUCCACAUCAUUGGUUGAUGAUGCCUUGGCAGCCACGAUCAGGCCUCUGCGUGGAGCUGUGAUGGGCUUGGAGAUGGUAGAUCCAGCUAGGAAAGAUGCUGCAAUGGUCAUUGACGCCAUUUUUCUUUGCUUAGCAGAGUUUUGGAUGAGAAUCUCAAAUUCUGUGAGUAAAAUGAACAAAAGGGAAAAUGAUAGUUGGCUAUUGGGAUCUGCAUUUCGUUAUCCUAUAUGGACGGCCAGGACGAUUCGAUUCUUGCCACCUGGCAUUUAGGUUUAUCUUUAGAUGGAACUUUGUGGUCUUGAAA